GAACGCCUCAACCUAUCCCACUCAUGCGUAGCCUGUCAACUAGACACCGCUCAAAGCCAAGAUAGAAUGCCGCAGCAAGCCGACCACCGCAUCGAAAACCCCACCGCUUCCCGCUGUCGGAACGCUUUGCUCAAAAUGGAUACCGACUCCAUGGCUCGCCCCGCGUUCCCGUAAUCGCAGCCUCGACGCCGAAUACGGCCAUGCCUGUCGUGAUGGGGAAUCGUUAUAAGAAGUGAUUACUGUGAUUUCCCGGUGUAGUGCCUCUCCAUAGUUCACCCGUUGCUGUUUGAUACAUCCCGCACAAUGAGCGCAAGCACGCCCUCCUACCUGAUCGUCGGCGCCGGCGUCUUCGGCGCAUCGACCGCGUACCACCUGAUUAAAAAGUACCCAGACCGCCAGAUCACAAUCGUGGACCAGGACGCCUAUGACGCUGAUAGUCGUGUCGCCGCGUCGUGGGACUGGAAUAAGGUCGUGCGCGCCGAUUACGACGACAUCGUGUACUGCCAGCUGGCCCUCGAAGCACAGGAUGUGUUCAAGUCAGAUCCAUUAUGGAAGCCCUUCUUCCACGAGACGGGCAUCUUCUGGAUCUGCCGCUCCGACUACGCACAGGAGGUCAUUGAGAACUACAGGAAACUCGGGCGGCAGGCUGAUCUGCAGGCCGUGUCGAUUGAGGAGGCGAAGAAGAUGUUUGGCGGGCUGUUCGAGGAUGCGAAUUACGAUGGCGUGAAGGAGGUGCUGGUCAACAAGACGAGCGGGUGGGCGCAGGCAGGCGAUGCGUUGAGGGCGGUGACGAAGUGGUCGCUGGAGCAGGGCGUCAAGUAUGUGACAGCCAAGGUGGGCGGCUUGACAUUCGAUGAGUCGGGUCGCUGCACGGGUGUCGAGACAGAAGACGGUGGCAAGCUCUCGGCCUCGCACACCAUCCUCUCCACAGGCGCAUACACGGCGAAGCUCCUCGAGCAGGCGGCACACAAGAGCGGGAACAACGAGCUGCGCGCUGGAACCAGGAUCGUCGCGGGCGGCAUCACAACCGGCAUGACCACCCUCACCGAGGAGUCGUACAAGCGCUUCGCCAACAUGCCCGUUGGCGUGCAAGGCUACACAGCCGCAUACGGGCCCUUCAUCGGUAGUCUGCCACCUACGAAAGACCGCGAGCUGAAGUGGUGGGGCGAGAAGAUCUUCAAAAACACACAUGAAGUCUUGCCAGGACGUUUUGUAUCUGCGCCGCCCUCAGAGCCGGACUACAACCAAUGGAACGUGCCUGGGCCGUUGAAGCAAGACAUUGAUCACGCAAAUGAUGUGUUCUACGGCAAGAAUGGCGCUGAGUGGAAGAUGGAGAAACAUCGCGUGUGCUGGGACGCCUUCACAACCAGCUCCGACUUCAUCAUCUCGCCCCACGCCGCAGCAAAGGGCCUCUACGUCGCGACCUGCGGCUCCUUCCACGGCUACAAGUUCUUCCCCGUCCUCGGCAAGUACGUCAUUCAGAUGCUGGAGGACGAGCUCACGCCAGAGCACAAGGAGAAGUGGGCGUGGGAUCGCGAGAGGCCGGCGCCGUCGCUCAACCCGGAUUGGCCGCGCUUCGAGAUGGCGGAUCUGUUGGAUAGUUGGCCGAGGGCGAAGUUGUGAGUGGGUGGGUGUGUGCAUAAUGGCGUUUUUCUUUUGCUUUGGGUUGGAUGGAUGAAUGGUUUAUGUGAAUAUGAAUAUGAGAAUUAAAUCGGAAUGAAUUGAACAGAAUAUGC